UAUCGCUCGACUCUUUUCGCAGCAGAUCCGUCAAAAUGGCUCGUAACUCGGAAAAGGCCCAGUCUAUGCUGUUUCGCUUUCGCGAAGCCCAAGCAGCAGACCUAGGCAUCAUCGACGCCGGCCGCACCCGCCGUCCCAAGCUCAUCACCGAAGUCACAACCAUCCCCGCCUGCGAAAAAUGGCGCGGCCAAGUCCUCAAGGAGAUCUCGCGCAAGAUGUCCCGCAUCCAGGAGCCCAUCCUCAGCGACUACCAGAUCCGCGACCUGAACGACGAGAUCAACAAGCUCAUGCGCGAGAAGCACAUGUGGGAGAUACAAAUCCGCAACCUCGGUGGUCCAAACUACAUGCGCGGCGGCGGCAAGAUUUAUGAUGAUCAGGGCCGCGAGAUACCCGGCAGCGGAAAAGGCUACAAGUACUUUGGAAGAGCGCGCGAACUUCCCGGUGUCAAGGAACUUUUUGAAGCGGCGAAGAAUCAGGGCGAUGAGAAGCCGCUUGAGGAAAGGCAUGAUAUGAGAAGGAAUGUGGACGCGGCGUACUACGGUUAUGCGCCCGACGAAGAAGAUGAAGAGUUACUCGCGUACGAAGCUGAGAAGGAGAGGCAAGCGGUAGACCACAUGCUUAAAACAGGACCGAGAGACGUGCCGGAUGGGUGGGAGGCUCUGCCUGGAGAUACGGGAGAUGGGAAUACGUGGGUUUUGCCGACGUUGGAGGAGGUGCAGGAGGAGCUGAUUGAGCGACGGAGGAGAAAGUUGCUGGAGCAGUUGUGAGGUGUGUCUUGAUGUUGAUGCACGAGGUGGAUAUAUCGAUAGACUUGACAUUACAUGGGGCUUUAAAGAAGAGGUGGUUUAGCUAUUUGGAUCACAUUUAUGGAGUUGGGAAGGGUUUGUCAUGCUUUGCAGGCGUAUGGGUUUGUUAUGGCGAUACCUAGUCGUUAGGGUAGCAAAAGAAGUCUCGAUUGCUGAUGGUAUAAAAUUGAAUGGUUUAGUC